GGUAUAAAUUGUCGAAUCGGCGAUGCUGAGGUACAGUUGGCUUGUGGACUGGCAAUUAUGAAGACUGUCAUAAUCCUAGCGGGGUUGGUGGCCCUGGCCCUCGGCAGCGAAGUGCCUGUCAAGCACUCCUUCAAAGUUAAGGAUGUUGAUGCGGCUUUCGUCGAACGUCAAAAGAAGGUCUUAGAUCUUUUCCAAGAUGUCGACCAAGUAAAUCCUAACGAUGAGUACUACAAGAUUGGCAAGGAAUACAACAUCGAGGCUAACAUCGACAAUUACUCGAACAAGAAGGCCGUCGAAGAAUUCUUGCAGUUAUACAGGACAGGUUUCUUGCCUAAGUACUAUGAAUUUUCACCCUUCUAUGACAGACUAAGGGACGAGGCCAUUGGUGUUUUCCACCUCUUUUACUACGCUAAAGAUUUUGAUACGUUCUACAAAUCUGCCGCAUGGGCGCGUGUGUACCUCAACGAAGGACAGUUCUUAUACGCCUACUACAUUGCUGUGAUUCAGCGUAAAGAUACUCAGGGCUUCGUUGUACCAGCACCGUAUGAAGUCUACCCUCAAUUCUUCGCAAACUUGAACACUAUGCUCAAAGUCUACCGUACCAAAAUGCAGGAUGGAGUUGUUAGUGCCGAUUUAGCUGCACAACACGGCAUCGUAAAGGAGAACAACUACUACGUAUACUAUGCCAAUUACUCCAACUCAUUAGUGUACAACAACGAGGAACAGAGACUGUCGUACUUCACUGAGGACAUCGGCUUGAAUUCGUACUACUACUACUUCCACUCUCACUUGCCUUUCUGGUGGAAUUCUGAGAGAUACGGAGCACUAAAAUCGCGCCGUGGUGAAAUCUACUAUUACUUCUAUCAGCAAUUAAUGGCACGUUAUUACUUUGAACGUCUCUCGAACGGCCUGGGUGACAUUCCCGAAUUCUCAUGGUACUCACCAGUCAAGUCUGGCUACUAUCCACUGAUGUCUUCUUAUUACUACCCCUUCGCUCAAAGACCCAACUACUGGAACGUGCACAGUGAAGAAAACUACGAGAAAGUACGAUUCUUGGACACGUAUGAAAUGUCAUUCCUUCAGUUCCUCCAAAACGGACACUUCAAAGCGUUUGACCAGAAGAUUGACUUCCACGAUUUCAAAGCUAUCAACUUUGUUGGAAACUACUGGCAAGAUAAUGCUGACCUGUACGGUGAGGAAGUUACCAAGAACUACCAACGUUCAUAUGAAAUUAUAGCCCGCCAAGUGCUUGGUGCUGCACCUAAACCAUUCGACAAGUACACAUUCAUGCCCAGUGCUUUAGACUUCUACCAGACGUCUCUGCGUGACCCAAUGUUCUACCAACUUUACAACAGAAUUCUGAAGUACAUAUAUGAGUACAAGCAGUACCUGCAACCGUACUCUUCAGAAAAACUGGCAUUCAAGGGUGUCAAGGUGGUCGAUGUUGUAGUAGACAAACUGGUUACCUUCUUCGAGUACUACGACUUUGAUGCGUCCAACAGCGUUUUCUGGAGCAAAGAGGAGGUUAAAUCUAGCUACCCCCAUGAUUUCAAGAUCCGUCAGCCACGCCUUAACCACAAGCCAUUCUCUGUCUCUAUCGACAUCAAAUCUGAAGCUGCCGUUGAUGCCGUUGUCAAGAUAUUCAUGGCACCUAAAUACGACGAUAAUGGAUUCCCUCUGAAAUUAGAAAACAACUGGAACAAAUUCUUCGAGCUGGACUGGUUCACAUACAAAUUUGUUGCUGGUGACAACAAAAUCGUGAGGAACUCAAACGACUUCUUGAUCUUCAAGGACGACUCUGUUCCCAUGACUGAGUUGUACAAAUUAUUAGAACAAAAUAAGGUUCCACACGACAUGUCCGAGGAUUACGGCUACCUGCCUAAAAGACUGAUGCUGCCAAGAGGUACUGAGGGUGGCUUCCCAUUCCAGUUCUUCGUUUUCGUAUAUCCAUUCAACGCUGACAGCAAAGAUCUUGCACCGUUCGAGGCCUUCAUCCAGGACAACAAACCUUUGGGCUAUCCAUUCGACCGUCCCGUUGUUGACGCUUACUUCAAGCAACACAACAUGUUCUUCAAGGACGUCUUCGUAUACCAUGACGGCGAGUACUUCCCGUACAAGUUCAAUGUUCCUUCCCAUGUGAUGCACUCAAACGUUGUUCCUAAACACUGAAAAGGAAUUUGCUUAAAUAGCAUAGAUCACAUUAUAUUGUAUUGAAAUGUGUGCAAAGUAACUUAAAUAAAACAGAUU